AUGUCAUCAAGAGUCCCUUCUGGCUCGACGGUUCCUUUUACACCGAAACCAAGGAAAAGGACUACAUCAAGUAGGAUAAGUGUCUCUGAGAAGGAGCUGAAUCAGUUUGUCGGCACUUUAGCCUCUGUCAGAAGAGUCAAACCGAAUGCUAUUUUGGAAGAGCUAGAGCGAAGUGCAGAUGGUAUGCAACUAUCAGCUCGAGCAGAUGGACCAUCUAAAGAAAGAGAAAGAGAACGGCUGGAACCUUCACGUCGUACUUCAUCAAGUCGUCCGAUAGAUCGUGCACAAUCACAACCACAACCACAACCACAACUACCAAGACCUUCAUCUUCCUCUUCGAGACAUCGAGAUCCACCUAGACCCUCAUCCUCGAGAUCCACACAACCACCUAUUCCUUCCGCCAGGCCGACUCUGGAACAAGAUAGUCGGAAGAAGAACGGAAAAUUGCCCGAAAGAGUUGCUGAACUCUCACUUGCUGAUGGCCUCGAUGACGCAACGGAGGUACAAACAAGAGCUCUUGAUGGUGUACCGUUGGAAAUACAAGAAGCUUGGAUAUGCGAAGAUUUGUUGUUCGUACUACAAGGCGUAGAAGGGGCCCUGAUAAAGUAUGAUGAAGGAUAUGAUCCAUUAGAUGAAGAACAAGCGUCAAAGGGUGCUAGAUGGAAAAUAGAUCCAUCGUUAGACCCCUCGCUGUUGUCCUUGGUAGAGAGGCUUUUACCGCUAGCAACAUGCUUCACAGCUGUAGAAGCAUCUGUCGAGUUCCGCAAUUCACCAGAAUACGGGAUGGUCAGUCACGCUUUAAGUAGUGGAAUUAGGGCCAUGCUCAAGGAAUACCGAGUACUCACUGCUCAACUGGAAUCCCUUUUCCUAUCAUCACCCACGUUUACUCUUCAAACCCUAUAUUUUCACCUACAUCCAACGCUACAUACCAUGUCUCUCUUAGCAGGUCUGUGUUUAUCGCUAGAAGCCGAUGAAUCUGGGCAAAAUGCUUCUGAUGUAUCGGACGAUGAUGAUGGAUUAGGCGGAAUGGCAGAAGAGCUUGGUCUAGGAGGAGCAGGAUUGAAAGGGUUGAUGAAGAACCUGAAAGCUCAGGAAGGCCUGAUAGGUGGUGGUGGACCUGUACUGGGAGGAGAAAUAUUAGGAAUCAUCUGCGAGAGGGAAGCUACAAUGAGCGGGGAUCCUACUGCUUCGACACUUCACUCGACGCUUCUUAUGCACGCCGCACAACCCUUCUGCAGAAUGCUCGUUCAGUGGAUAUCAACGGGAUAUCUUGCAGAUCCCUUUGAGGAAUUCAUGGUGAAAGAGAGCGGUCAUAUAACGAAAGGUGUACUGGAAAGCGAUUAUACAGACGAGUAUUGGGAAAGGAGAUACACAUUGCGCGAUGGAUCGUCCUUAACUGCGACUAAAGCGUCCUCCGGUAAGACUACCCCUUCUCUCGGUGCAGGCGCUCCGCCCCCAAGGCAAGGUACAAGUCGUCUCCCUGGCGGAGCAUGUAUACCUGCAUUUCUUCAACCUUGGAAACAUAAGAUAUUACUCGCUGGAAAAUACCUAAAUGUCAUUCGAGAAUGCGGAAUUGAAGUGAAGAAGCCUACCGAGGUCGGAGUAGUGGAAGGGGAUGGAAUGGUAGUACUAAAUGAGCCCAAGUUCUACAAGCGUAUAGAGGACGCGUAUAUCUAUGCAAAUAGGACGUUACUCAAGCUUAUGAUAGACGAGCAGGAACUUAUCCCACAUCUGCGGUCCAUGAAACACUUUUUCUUCCUGGAUCAAUCUGAUUUUCUUACCAACUUCCUGGAUUUGGCCGGAUCUGAAUUGCGUAAACCUGCAAAAGCAACAUCUCUGGUCAAGCUCCAAUCGUUGUUAGAUCUAGCAGUACGUAAUCCAGCAAGUUCAAGCUCCAACGAUCCGUACAAAGAUGAUUUGAAGGUCGUCAUGCAAUCCCAAGGUCUAUAUGACUGGUUACUGAAGAUUGUCAGUAAGACUGGAAGCUUGACGGAGGACGGCGAAUUGGAUUUUGCGAUGGGUGAUGGACAUGAUGAUGAGGGUGGUAGAAGAUCUGAGAAAGAAAGGACGCUGUUAGCAAUCGAUGCAUUGGCAUUCGAUUAUUCGGUGAAAUUCCCAUUGUCACUUGUGAUGUCACGGAAAACAAUAACGCGAUAUCAAUUGAUCUUCAGAUUCCUCUUACAUCUGCACCAUCUAGAAUCUGCUUUAUCUGCAAUGUGGCUGGAACAAAAGACACCUUCAUGGAGGAAUAAUUGUGGUAAUGAAGAUAUGGAAAAAUGGAAAAUGCGAAUAUUUUCAUUACGUUCCAGGAUGUUAGCAUUCAUCAGACAAGUACUCGCAUUCGCGACGGGAGAAGUAUUAGAACCUAAUUGGAGGACACUGGAAGAAAAAUUAUCAAAAGUGGAGACUGUUGAUCAGCUGUUGAGAGAUCACGUCGAUUUCUUAGAUACUUGUUUGAAACAAUGUAUGUUGACAACUUCGAAACUGCUUAGUAUCUACGCGAAAUUGAUGACUACUAUAUCAGUCUUUGUGUCAUAUCAAUCUUCUUUAAAUACGGCAUUGAAUAAGUUCUUGGCGGAUCCAGAAGCAGAAUCAGAUCCCUCAAAAGCUAAUUCCAGAUGGACAGCUUUGAACAAGUUUGAGAUUAACUUCAAUCAUCAUACCAAGCUUCAUCUAGACGCAGUGACUUACAAUGCUGGUUCGGAGAAUGUGGCGUUGUUAGCUUUAGUCACGAGACUGCAUCAGACUACAUUAAGGAUAUGA